AUGCCCGAGGGACUCGAGCGGGAAGGCACAUUUGCCAAACCUUUAUCAGAAGAAGACGAAGGCGUGGACACCCCUGACCGACCCGUCAUCAAGCCACCUGGGUCCGCAACCAAGGACGAGCGCUUGGCCAGCCGCAGCCCGAGCCCUGGUCCUCAGCACCAGAAAGACAAUCGCGCUCCUGGCGCACAACAAAACAAUCAUGAUGACCCCGCAGACGCCAAGCAUCCUGCUAAACACCCCUCUCCCGCUGCAUCCCCAGACCACGACGAGGCUCCGGCGUCUGCUGUCGUAAAGCAGAGCCCCCGCACUUCAGCUGCCCACAAUGACACGCCCGUGCAACCCAAAGCCAAGUCCCCAGAAGCCAGCACCGCUCACAUGGAGGCACCCCACCCUCCAGUCGAUCGGGCUCAUUCCCCGGGUCGCCGUGCGCGAGUCUCUGAUGCCACCAUGUCGCCGCGCUCCUCCAACGGCGCGCAUACGACACCCACCUCCAAGGUCGGGUCUAAAUCUCAACAGCCUCCCACUCGCUCGCCUCGAAACUCGUCUCCGGCCUCCUCCAAUGCUUCUCCAGGCCCGGCUCCCAGUGCGGGUCAACGCCCGGGCCGUCAUGCGUCCCGCAAAGGCAGUCUUGGAAACCAUCAAGCGCCGUCUCGUAGUAGCCCCUCCAAGCCUCCCAAGGCCAAAUCCGCUGACAGCCAAACCUCGGCCGGAAAAGCGCGCAUUCAACGCCGUACACCCUCCAAAAAAGGUCUCGAGUACAACGAUUCCAGACUCAAAGCACACAUUAAAAUUAACGUCUUUGUGAAUGGCGAGGAAAAUACACCCUCGCGUACCUUUUUGUUGGACCCACGACGCGUUCCCACCUUUGAUCGCCUCAUGGAUUAUCUGACUGCCGAGAUCCAACCCUUGUUUGGUCCCAUCAUGCGCCUUGCCCACGCCGAAGAUUACAGCUUCCUGCUUGGCUACGACCAGGUUGAGGACGGAAUGCCCAUUAUUGCUUGUGGCCGCGCAGGUUUAAAAAGGUUGAACUAUCUCAAAAUUCCCUCGUAUAAGGAGCGUGCCGUUACCAAGAUCAGCUCCGCCACCCUCAACAAGAGCCGCUUCGAUGACAGUCACGUGGAGAGCCGUGUCACCCAGAACAUUGCUCGGGCCAAGGUCAUCCAGGCCCUCCCCGCUGGCGAUGAAGAUGGUGUGCCCCAACGCAUCGUCAUUCCCCCCGCAGAUCUUGACAAUUGGGAGCGGGUACUGGAGCUCUUUACCGAAAAAUGCAGCAACAUUCUUUGGGUGGAUGAUGUGAAAAAGAUUUUUACACUGGAGGGUGAGGAGAUUGAAAAAGGAUCCGAUCUCAAAGAGGAUGAGGUCUACGUAGCGUCGCAUCUUUCCGUGUUCAAGCCCACUCCCUUUCAGGUGAUUGGAGGUCGCAUCUGCCGCAAGCCGACCCAAAAGACACGGCCCGUCCUGCCCAAGAUCGUCGCUCGACCCAAGAACAAUCGCAAGGUCCUGGCCGCGUUUGGCCGCACGGGUGCUGGCAUCAUGGACGGCAAGGCCAUCCCCGAUCCUGAUAUGGCUCAGAAGCGCCGGCGUCGCAGCCUCAAGGCACAGCCACAAUCCAGUCUUCCUCCGCUCAAGCGUGUGUCGGACGUGCACGUUGAGGGCACGCGCCCCUGGUACCAAAUCUCCAAUCAAGACGAGGCGGUCGAAGCUGUGGACCAGCUCAUCAGCCAGCUCGCUGGCUGGGGCGAGCAGACGGACGAGGAGCGCCACGACGUGCUCAUGCUCAUGCAACGCCGUAUCCGGGAUCGACUGUUUGAAAUGCGCCAACAGUCACCAGAGGUCACGACGGCCUUUGACGACCGCAUCGAGGAGAUUCUCAACUUUAUGAUGCAGGCGCCUGGAACGGAAGAGGACGAUCGUAGUGCCGAGGCCGUACAACAACGCUUCUCUGUCGUUGUUGACGCGGCCAUCAGUGGCCGCUUGGCACACUGGGAGAGCACACCGGCAAGCCUGGUGGCCUUGGUUAUUUUGCUCGACCAGUUCCCGCGCUCCAUCCACGCCAAUUCCAAACGCAUGUUUGCUGGCGAUGACAUGGCCAAGGCCGUUGUCUUGCGUGCGCUCUUCCACUCACACCUCAUGGACGAAGUGCACCCCGUGUAUCGCGUCUUCCCUUGCAUGGCGUUGACGCACCAGGAGGACCUGGAGAUGCAAAAACUAGCCGAGUCAGAAUGGACGCGUGCCUGUGACUACUUUACUCCCGAUGAUCCCAUCCGCGAGUACAAGGCCACUUUUGAAAGCAAUCGGCAGCUGAUUGAGCGUUUUGGUCGAUUCCCGGAGCGCAACGAGCUUUUGGGACGGACGACAACGGCCGAGGAGCGUGAAUACAUGGCCGAGCAAGCGAGUAGUGAAGCUUAG